AUGUCAGAGGCAGGUACAGUAAACCAGUGGAAACGCCAAGGCAACCGUGACAUUGCGAACCGCUCCAGUCGCAUGAUUUUUAUUCUUUUAGUUGGGAUCAAGAGUUGAGAUUAACAUUCAGUUUGAUGAAUAGGAAUAUAAUCCCCAUUUUUUUUUUAAUAUCUUAGGAUCAUGUCAUGAAGCAUCAGUCUGGGAUGAUCGCUUCGAAGCUUCUAUUUUGUAGUCUAGUUAAGAGUUCUUUCUUCUUUUUUUAUAAUUCAAGGCUGCACUGCCUUUUUUUCGAUCAUUUUUUGCGAAAAAAAAAAGUUUGAAAGAAGCGGCACUUGAAAGCUUGUCAAGCGAAGAAUUUGUCUUUUAGCACACCUUGAACUUUAUGAGCUUCUCGAAAGUUUGAAAAUUUGAAGAAGAAAAAACACUCGAUAAUCAACUGAAUCAGAAAAUAAGUACUAAUUGUCGAGUAGUUCCAGAAAAUAAAUUUAUUUUCGACUAUCCGUUUCAAUCUUGAAAAACUUCAUCCCCAGACUUGUAAGUUUCUUUGAAAAACCGUGAACGAUUUAUUCGACAGGGUGUGAGCGUUUCAGAGAGAAAGCCUGAGAAACAUUUUUUCUUCCAAACUUUUGAGCUUUAUCCGUGGCCUUCGCUGAUAGAACACCGCUGAGACACCUUUUUUUCCGAUGCCCCCGAGAUAUUAUCGCUUCUGGAAAGAGAACAUGUUCCUUCUCGGAACGCUCUAGUUUUUUGAGUUGUGUCGGAAAGAAGGAAAGAAGGGAAGGAAGAAGGAAGGAACGAAUCCGUUGGCCGGGAAGCCGGAGCCGGCGCGGGCUUCUAUCGAUUCGCAGCAGCGAAGAGAGGCAGCCAGCCUCACUCCGACCGACGGCAACUCUCGUCAGAAGACGUCGGCCUUCGACGGAGCUUGUCGGAGAGGAACUGCUCCGACGCCGAUGCCAGCGGGGGAUCAAAACGCUUUUCUGGCUCUUUUUUCGGCCGCCCGCCCCCCCAUUCUCAUCGUCCCUCUUUACAUACACUACUCUCCAUUAUCGGCUCCGGAUUUCCUUUCCCAAUUUUUCAUCCAGUUUCCCUAG